AAACCCAUCUCACAAUUUACUUCCGACUGAAAUCCUAAAGAAGCAAUGGACAAUUUCAUUAUUCUUGCCUUGCCCUUGAUUUUUAUUUUACAUUCAGUUCAUAUUUCAUCAGCCUCAGUUGUUUCAACCGGAAAUUUCAAUAAGGACUUCUUUGUAACAUGGUCCCCUAAUCAUGUAAACACUUCUGCUGAUGGCCGCGAACGAAGUUUGGAGCUCGAUCAAGAAUCAGGUACUGGUUUUGCGUCCAAUGAUAUGUUCUUGUUUGGACAAAUUGACAUGCCAAUUAAGUUGGUACCAGGUUACUCUGCAGGAACAGUUGUAGCGUUUUAUCUUACAUCUGAUCAGCCUAAUCACGAUGAAAUAGAUUUCGAGUUCCUUGGAAAUGUGUCAGGGCAGCCUUACAUACUUCAAACCAAUGUUUUCGCUGAUGGCUUUGACAAUAGAGAAGAAAGGAUAUAUUUGUGGUUUGACCCGACCAAGGAUUUUCAUACAUACUCCAUCCUCUGGAAUCUUCACCAAAUUGUGUUCAUGGUGGAUUUUGUUCCCAUAAGGACAUACAGGAACUAUGCUGACAAGGGAGUUGCAUAUCCAAGGUGGCAGCCAAUGAGCAUCAAAGUGAGCCUAUGGGAUGGCAGCACGUGGGCAACACGAGGCGGGAAAGACAAGGUUGAUUGGUCUAAGGGUCCCUUCAGGACCUCAUUAAGGAACUACCAGAUUGAUGCUUGUGUGUGGAAAGGGAAUGCAAGGUUUUGCAGGGGAGAAAGCUUGACGAAUUGGUGGCAUAAGGAGAGGUUUAGGUCAUUAAGCCAGACACAAAGAAGGUGGUUCAAGUGGGUGAGGAAAUAUCAUCUGAUAUAUGAUUAUUGCCAAGAUAAUAAGAGAUUCGAAAACAACCUUCCCAAGGAAUGCUCCCUUGCCAAGUAUUGAACAGAACUUGACGAAUGAAGUGGCCUUCAUGACUCUGUUUUGUGAGUUAAGUGGUAGUUGAUCUGCAUGCAGCAUUGAGAGACCUCUGAUUAAAGUUAGUUAUGUGAGGCCACAAGGGAACGAUGAGAUGAAAUAUUUGAUGUUUUUAGCUUGUGAUCGUACGAUAGAUAUCUACUUAUUACAAUAAGUUACAAGGUUAAAGAAAAACUAUAGCACAAGAUUUGUUUGGACCUUCCUUUAAUACAUUAAAGAUGGACUAAUUCUCAAUA